AUGACGCCCUCGCCCUCACCUGCCGGCCAGGCCGCAGAGCCCCGGCGUCCGAGGAGCGCCCAGACCGUCUCGGUCAGUAUUGCCGACCCUCAGCAGAAGCCCAGUCGCCGCUUCCAGCUCGAGGUCAGCGAGUGCGUCGAGACAAAGACGGUCACCACCACGACUCGCCUGACGAGGAAGUUUCCGCACGUCUUCGUCCGCGACCCGACCCCGCUUGCCAACCUCGACUCCAAAGAGUAUCCCUUGGCCAUGAAGGAGACACCCCCCGAGCUUUUGCAGUUCCAGUACAACAUGUCGGGCCAGGUCCACGAUCACGCCGAUUCCGACCAAGGCGACGCCGCCGGUGACGUGCCAGACGACGCACCGCCAAUGGCGAGGCCGAUGAAGCAGCUCAAUGCCGGCACCGUCACCCCCACGGCCGUCAAGUCUGAGGCUUUUGUCCACGAGACGCCCUCCCAGGGCACCACCCGCCAGCCGGCCCGCUCGCCCUCCGAUGCGUGCCCCCGACGCACGCGACAAACACGUGCCAGCAUGGCCGACUCCCCAACCACCAGUGCCCCCGUCUCACAAUCCAACGCCGCCGCCGCAUCCUCGAGGUCUUCCCAGCGGCUCGCUCGCUCGUCCAACCUGCACGCCGUCACCGACAAGCUUCGACGUUCCAUCAUCCAGGGCGGCACCACCGCCAGUGGAGGAGACGCCGGCGGCACGAGCACUGCCGCGACCCAACGCCGCGGCCCCCUCCGCGGCGCGUCCGGCUUCCUUGCAACCCCCGACACAUCAGAAUUGAUGGGCUCCUCGUCGGAGCGGCCGUCCCGACGACGUUCGGUGCAGCUCGACCGCAUUCAAAACUCGCCUCCAGAGUCCCACCCGAGCAUGUCCCAGCCAGGACCCUGCGAUGCCGCGAGCCCUUCCGGCAGCGACUCGCACACUGUCUUUAGCAGCACCGUCGCCACGCCCCCCAUCACCGAUGCCGAUGCCGAUGCAGAGCCCUUCAACGAUACCGACGAGUCGCUGCAGCAAUCUGUUCGAGCCCUCCAACACCGACCAGCCAUUGACGUCGUAGCUGCCCAGGACGCCAGUCUUCCUAGUCCGAGAUUAUCCCCGACCUUGGCCGCUUCGCAACUGCUUUCGGCCGAUCACGAUGAAGCCCACUCCAGCUUGCAGACCUCGACAGAUCAAGGCUCGUGGAUGGACGAGUCGCAGAUCAAGCAGGAGAAUGAUUCAAUGGAGCUGAUGGCGUACGACGACGACGAGGACCGGCUCCUCGUCAAACAGACAGACGCCUCCUCUCCCGUCGUCGUGGACACGCAGACUCUUCUCGAGGCCUUUGACUCGAUGACGACCGAGAUGAAGACGUUUAUGAUGUAUCAGUUCCUGCGCCGAUGCAACCGGUCCACGCUGCGCGUCGUCGCUGGGGCAGUCAACCCGGCUCUGAAGACCGACUUCCUUCGACAGCUUCCGCUCGAACUGGCAUAUCACGUCCUGUCCUACCUCGACUGCAAGGAUCUGUGCCGCGCUGCUCAAGUGUCGAAGCAUUGGCGCAACAUCGUCGACCGCAACGAGACUGGCUGGAAGGAGCUCUUCGACCGCGACGGCUUCACCCUACCGCCCGGUGAGCUCAACAAGGCCAUUAUCCAGGGCUGGGGCUGGCAGGACCCGGAGGGUGCGACUGGCUACGAGAGGGACCUCAGCAUGCACGGCCGCCUGACGUCGUCGGACUUUGAGCUCACGAGACAUCUGCGAAGCGAAGCCCCCAAGUCGAGAACCUCGAAGCGCAAGCGUGCACUUAACAGCUACUCGGCGUCGGAGCGAUCGAAGCGGCGCGCGGCCACCCAAGAGGCUGCUGCGUCCCGAGAGGCUACAAGCCAGGUGGAGGUCAGGCAGCACAAGUCGGAGGGCCCAUUGUCCGCCGCUAACGCCGCCGCCGCCGCCGUGCCGGACCCCCAGCUCGGCCUGGCCAGCCUCCGGGAGCUCCAUCUCUUCAAGUCGCUCUACCGCCGACACCAUAUGAUCCGCCGCAGUUGGACGAGCGGCGACGUGAAGCCGGCUCACGUUGCAUUUGCGGCCCAUCCGCGUCACGUCAUCACCUGCUUGCAGUUUGACGACGACAAGAUCAUCACCGGAAGCGACGACACGCUCAUCCACAUCUACGACACCAAGACGGGCAAGCUUCGCAAGAAGCUCGAGGGCCACGAAGGCGGCGUGUGGGCCCUGCAGUACGAGGGCAACACCCUGGUGUCCGGCUCGACCGACCGAUCGGUGCGCGUCUGGGAUAUCGAGAGGGGCCUCUGCCAGCAGGUGUUUUACGGGCACACUAGUACUGUGCGCUGUCUUCAGAUCCUGAUGCCCACCGAGACCGGCAGGGACACCACCGGACGGCCCAUCAUGGAACCGGCGCAGCCGCUCAUCAUCACCGGCUCCCGCGACAGCCAGCUCCGCGUCUGGCGCCUGCCCGGGACUGGAUCCCGCCGGUACACCACUUCGAACCCCAGCGCCAAGGAGACGGACUGCCCGUUCUUCAUUCGGGUACUGGCCGGUCACCUGCACUCGGUCCGUGCCAUCUCGGCCCACGGCGACACGCUCGUCAGCGGCUCGUACGAUAGCACCGUCAGGGUAUGGCGCAUCAGCACAGGCGAGUCGUUGCACGUUCUCCGUGGUCACUCUCAGAAGGUGUACUCGGUGGUGCUCGACCACGAACGCAACCGCUGCAUCUCCGGAUCCAUGGAUUCGCUCGUCAAGAUUUGGGAUCUGACGACUGGCGCCUGCCUUCACACUCUUGAGGGUCAUAGUCUAUUGGUGGGACUCCUGGACCUGCGUGACCAACGACUCGUGUCAGCCGCAGCCGAUUCGACGCUGAGGAUCUGGGAUCCCGAGAACGGCCGUUGCAGGCACACGCUGAUGGCGCAUACUGGUGCCAUUACGUGCUUCCAGCACGACGGCCAAAAGGUCAUCAGCGGCAGCGAGAAGACGGUCAAGAUGUGGGACGUGCGCACCGGCGAGUGCGUCCAGGAUCUCCUGACGGAUCUGAGCGGCGUUUGGCAGGUCAAGUUUGACGGACGGAGAUGUGUGGCUGCUGUCCAGCGCGACCAGCUCACAUACGUCGAGAUUCUCGACUUUGGUGCGAUACGCGAUGGCCAGCCGCCCGAAGAUCUCGGCAAGCGCGUCCUGCUUAACGAGCAUGAGGUGCGGGAGAUUAUCGACGAAGGCCCUGCAUAA